AUGCUGUUUGAUCAAGAUGAACCCUUGAACCUGGAGACUGAGAAAUGUGUGAAGUGUCAGUGCAGACAAGCUGUGAUGCAGGUGUUGUGUUGCUGUCUGCAGCUGAUGGAUGAGCAGGUCCUGUGUGUCCAUGGAGGCCUCUCUCCAGAUAUAAAGACCCUGGACCAGAUCCGAACCAUUGAGCGGAACCAGGAGAUCCCCCACAAAGGAGCCUUCUGUGACCUGGUGUGGUCGGACCCUGAAGACGUGGAUACGUGGGCCAUCAGUCCCAGAGGAGCUGGGUGGCUCUUUGGGGCAAAGGUCACAAAUGAGUUUGUUCACAUCAACAACCUGAAGCUCAUCUGCAGGGCUCACCAGCUCGUGCACGAAGGCUACAAGUUCAUGUUUGAUGAGAAGCUGGUCACCGUGUGGUCUGCUCCCAACUACUGCUACCGCUGUGGCAACAUCGCCUCCAUCAUGGUCUUCAAAGACGCCAACACACGGGAGCCAAAGCUCUUUAGAGCUGUGCCCGACUCUGAAAGGGUCAUCCCCCCCCGGACGACCACGCCUUAUUUCCUGUGAGCAGGAGACUGAGGCGCAGCACUCAUCCCCCAGUGUUUGUAUAUUACAUUUAGCAUCUUCAUAGUGGAUUUCUUGGUGCCAACCGUUGAGUUGUAUUCACUUCCUGUGCAUUAAACGCCAUUAGUCCACAGCUUGAGUCACAUCGACAUGUUGCAGUGAAGAACUACCGCUGCACAUCACCACCAUGCUGAAGGACUCAGAAAGCUGAACCGUGUAAAAUGUUCAUAUUUAUAAAUCUCCAUUCUCCCUCCCAAUAAAGGAAGAGUCACUGCUGAGCAAGUUGCACAUGCAGCGUUGUAUAGAUUGUUCGGUUUUAUUUAGUUACGGCCACAUGUUCAUCUGGACGCAAGAUAAAAGCACUGCACAAACAUUACAGUCCUCUUCUAGACCGUCGUGUCGGAGUGACUAAUAUGACGAUAAACAAUAAAGACGAGAGUUUACGUGUAAA